AUGCUCCCACAGAACCCGAGCGCUGACAUUGUCGCCUAUGCGAGCAGGGCAAUCCUAGAUCUCAAGAUCCAACGCGACAAGCUUCAUCAGUACCAGAAGCGAAUCACGAUAUUGACGAACAGAGAAACCGAGAUUGCCAAGCAGAUGCUGGCACAGGGCGACAAGAAGAGGGCACUCCUGGCACUACGUCGCAAGAAAUACCAGGAGUCACUAUUGACGAAGACGGACGCGCAGCUUGAGCAGCUCGAAAAGCUCACUUCCAGCGUCGAGUUUGCGCUGAUACAGAAGGAUGUGGUAUUCGGGCUACAGCAAGGCACAAAGGUGCUCCAGGAGAUACACCAGGAGAUGGGCGGCAUAGAGCACGUCGAGAAGCUCAUGGGAGACACUGCGGACGCCAUUGCGUAUCAGAAGGAAGUCAGCGAUAUGCUUGGAAACAGAAUCACAGCAGACGACGAGGACGAGGUGGAGGCGGAGCUCGCCGCCCUCGAGGCCCAAGCCUCCGGGGUAUCCGUCCCCGAUAAUCUGCCCAAUGUUCCAAAUACGAACCUUCCAGUUCAGGUUCCUGAGCGAGAACAACAGCAAGGGGCUUCGAAACAGCCAGAGCGUCAAGCCAUGCUCGCAUCCUGA